AUGUUUAAAAUUAUUAUUGCUAUUACUUUAAUACUAUUAAUUAGUAUAUUCGAUAGCGAACAACAAACAAAGCGUUCAAACAAUAAUAGCAACAAUAAUACUAAUAAAUCAUUGAGUGAUGAAAAGCCAUCGUUUUUUGAUUUGACACCAUUUGGAAAACCACAAUAUGUUGAAUGUAAUAAUCAAACGAUAAACCGAUUGGAUGUGUUCACACAAAAACUGGUUGAAUCCCGGUUCCCAACUAAUGGUCGAGAACUGAGAAAUUUCUGUAACACUGGUAUAAAAAGUGCCGGUUUUUUGUUGGGUUUUGCCAAACACUGUCUGACAGAGUUUACCCAAAAGGCUUUACAAGUGGUGUUUUAUCCGGUGACCAAUGAAAUUAGUCUUAUUUGUAAAUCAGGCAAAUUGUCUAACAAAGCAAAGGCUAUCAUCAAAGCCGCGCGUUGUGGUAACGCUGCCCGACCUGGGCUUAAGAAAUGCUAUAACAAGUUUAUAAUCAAAGAAAUAGGUAUCAAAUCAACUAAAGACAACAAACUCAAGAUUCCGAUGUUGUGUUGUGAGUUUAAUGUAUUGCGUGAGUGCUUCAAACAGACAGCAGAAGAUAACAAAGAGUGUACGCGACGUACCAUUGAUUUUGUUGAACGCUAUGCACUGGAAAUGUUUGGCGAGAUUUUAAAUCUAAUGUGUUUUGAUUAUCACGAUUCCAGUGAUAAAUGUGAUCGCAUAAGAAGUUUAGUGCCUGACAUCAAAUAUGAAGAAAUAGAAAAACCAAAAUCAUUUAUACCACCGAUGAUUGAUAUUUUGAAAGAUAUUGGCAAUGGAUUUGAUUUUUAG